CAUUGAUUGAAUCGUUUCGUAAAAUGCGCUCACAGCUGCAAAGACGACAAAAAGCAGUAACUGCAGGGUGUGGUUGAUACUCGGAAUUCCGUCCAGAGGAUCUAGCCACGACGGUGUAAGGAAGUGAGAUGUUGUCACAUCUGUGGUGUCCUAUUGUCUCGUCAUGGCCAACAACCUCAUCUCCAUGGCAGGCUGGUACUUCCUGCCAAACCUCGUCACAGGAUACAUCCAAACAGCCCUCUACACCCUUUUGAUACGUGCUGGCGAACCAAAACCACAACCUGGGGCGCCUCGCUUCAUUCAAGACCGCAAGCGCAUCUUCACGGCCGUCAUCCUGCUCUACCUCCUCUACACCGUCUACGAAGCAGACUGGCAGUUGCGGCUAUCCGGCGACUUCUACCAGGCCCUCGGCGUCUCACACUCGGCCACAGAACGAGAUGUUCAGUCCCGCUUUCGCCGAUUGACCGUUCAGUUUCACCCUGACAAAGUCCCUCCUGGCGCCGACAAAGCAGCGGUCGAGGCCAUCUAUGUGCAGCUCACGGUUGCGAGGGACACGCUCAUUCAUCCGGCGAAGCGCUCCGCGUACGAUCGACUGGGUUCAGACAUCCUGCAGUGGCGACAUUGCAAGACGCUUCGAGACUUCAUAGUGACUGGCGUACAGCGUACAGCCUUGUACUACGCUGGCAGUGGCAGCGUGCUUGUGCUGCUCGGUGUGCUGGGCUAUUUGCAGCAAGGAAAGUUCUGGCGCUACCUGGUGAUGGCUGCGUUGCUCGUGAUUGAAGUACAAACGGUGAUGCGGCCCGACUUUCCGAGAGUCUUGAGUACCGUGGUCAAUCCGUUUCUGGUGGCGACGAAACUCAGGUCACCGUACCUACCGUUUCAGAUGCUGACUCUGCUGAGGAAGCUCACGAUCACAUUCUUCAUUGCACUUUCACAGCUUGGACCGGUCCUCCAAGGUCCGAAUGUACUGAGCGAAGACGAUGCCGUGCCGCCACAGCAGCUUGACCGGGUCGAUGCCCUGACAGUGGCGGCAGACCAGGAGGUUAGCCGGCUGCUAGGUCUGGAGCUUGCGCCUUUUGCGGGUGGAGAGGCGGCGAUGCGAGACUUGCGCACCAGCCUAAAGGAGUGGCUGGUGCAGAAUACCAUUAGAAACGAUCCCGAUGUGAGGGCAGCGAUCACCAGAACUCUGGACAGACGGAGAGGACAGGCUACUGCCGAUGUCAAUGGGCAGUAGUGGUUGAGAUCUUAGUGACACCCGCCCUUGACCACAUCUACAAUCCCGCCCCAUCCGCGAGCUAAAGCUCCAUGGCCCAUGAGACCCUUCAUCUUCACGGCGACGUCCCGCCCCCGCCUCAACCAACAAUACAGAUUCACGGGAACCCUACGAUCGC